AUGUCGUCGUCCCUCGAAGCCAAGAUCGUCGUGCUCGGCUCCCAAGGCGUCGGCAAGACGUCGCUGGUGAUGCGCUACUGCAAAGGCGCUUUUGUACCCUCGCAGAUUACCUCCACCGUCGGCGCCAGCUUCCUGACCAAACGCGUCGUCGACACCGACACCGACACCCUAGUGCGCCUGCAGAUCUGGGAUACCGGUACGAAUAGGCCAUUUCCCACUCACUCACUCCGUCUCCUCCCCACUCCCGUUGUCCCACCCCAACUAACCAAGUCCCUCACCCGACAUCAAACAGCCGGCCAAGAACGCUUCCGCUCCAUCUCUCGCCUGUACUACCGCGGCGCCAACGCCUGCAUCCUGUGCUACUCCAUCACCGACGCCGCCUCCUUUGCCGAGAUGGGCAUCUGGCUGACCGAACUACGCCGCAACCUCCCGCCUGACAUCGUCCUCCACGUAGUCGGCACCAAAGCCGACAUCGUCGCCCGCGACCCUUCCCGCCGCGAAGUCCCCUUCGAGCGCUGCAUCGCCUACGUCGCCGAGAACCUCAACCCCGGCAUGGGCAGCACCCCACCAGCCACCGCCGGCGCCGGCUUCGUCGGCAUGAUGAACUUCAGCGGCAGCGGCAGCGGCAUCCAAACCAUCGAACCCCGCAGCCCAAGCAGCAAACGCUCCUCCGGCUUCUGGGGCCAAGAAGUAGGCUGGGACGCCUGCCACGAGAUAUCCGCCGAAUCCGGCGAGGGCGUGGAAGAGGUGUUUCGCGUCGUCACGCGGAAACUGGUCGAGCAGAACCGGAAGAUGCAAGCGGCGCUGUUGGCUGCGGCUACGGGGACUACGGGCCCGUCGUUGGCGGGGGCAGGAGUUAGUAUACCUGGCUCGGAACACCAUGUGACGGGGUAUUUUGAUGGGGUGAAUCCGAGGGGGGGGAGUUUUCGGGUGGGACGGGAUAGGAGGAGUUGGUUGUUUUCGCCGGGGUUUUCGCCGGCGCUGGGGGCCGGAGGGUCGAAUGUUAGCGGUGCUGGGCCCGGCGGUGGGGAUGAAGAGGAAUGGGCUAGGAAUGGGGAGGGGAGGAGACGGAAGGGGUGUUGUUCGUGA